AUGCAGAUUUCCUACGUUGCCAUCUUCGCCCUUGUGGGGCUUGCAGCAGCAGCUCCCUCGCAGAGCAAGGUUGAGAAAAGGGAUGAGAACUAUGAUGUCGGGGUGUGCAAUGGCACUUCAUGCUAUGUCAACCUAGUCAACGUUGAAUGCAAUGUUGGAUCUUGUGUGGGUGCAGGAGGUGGCGAUGGUGCACCGUGCCAUGUUUUGAAGGGCUGGGGCAAUGCUUAUUGCCCUGUGAACUGUGACGCAUAUUACUGUCCUUGA